GUCGAAGGUUUCACAUUGGGAAAGUUAUGAACCGCGGCGUCAUUGUGGUCAUGACAGGACUAGGAAUGACCAAUGCAGGAAUAACCACACAGUUGCUGCUCACUUUGUUUCGUGUGAAAGGAGUUGUACAUUAUGGAAUUGCAGGAAAUGGAAAUUCUGACUACCACAUUGGGGAUGUAACUAUUCCACGCCAAUGGGCUCAUACUGGCCUCUGGAACUGGCAGAGAUAUGGACAAGGAGAGAAUGAUGAGCUUCCUCUGGAAGCCAAUGGAGACUAUACUCGUGAGCUUGGGUACCUUAAAUUUUCCAACUACAACACUCCUACAGGAGGAUCUCAUAAUCUGUUGAAUAAUGCAUGGUACCAACCUGAUGAGUUCUUCCCUGUGCAUGGUACCCCGGAGGUUCGAGAACAUGCAUUUUGGGUUAAUGUUUCUGAUUCCUAUUAUCAGCUUGCGCAGAAGCUUGAGAAUCUGAAGCUAGAAUCCUGCUUGAACACGAGCAACUGCCUGUUUCACAAGCCAAAGGUUGUAAGAGUAGAGAGAGGUUGCAGUGCCAACGUUUAUGUGGAUAAUGCUGCUUACAGAAACUAUCUCCACCAAAAAUUCAAUGUCACCCCCAUCGAUAUGGAGAGUGCAGGAGUGGCUCUGGUGUGCCUGAGCGAAAGCAAGCCAUUCAUAAUUAUCAGAGCUCUGUCUGAUUUAGCAGGAGGAUCCAGUGAAGAAAAUGAAGCUGCUACCUUUACUGAUUUGGCAGCCAAAAAUGCAGUAAUAGUAGUCACCACUUUGUUAAAAUUGCUGCCAUGA